GAUACUAUUUUAUGUUUUAUAUUCUGCUCGCAUCUUACAGACGCAGAUCUAGUUUAACAUCAUCCAGAGACCAAAUAGUGCUGAUAUUGAAUUAACUCUUAGAUGGAUGAAGGAAGGCAAUGCAACUAAGUGGGAAAUCUUUUGAAGAAGAAAAGCUUUUACAAAACAAGUUAGAAGGAAAGUCUCAAGCUAAAAAUGAUCUUUCCAUACAGUAGAAAAUUAAAAGUAGCUAAUUUAGAAAUCAGUAAAGAAAAUUUCAUAUCAGUGAAUCAAAAUACCAGUGAUGCAAGAUCUAUUCGCCUUGAUAAGUUCAUUUAUCCCAGUGUUUAUCAGUUAGCACAAUUCUCAUCUAGAGUUUAUGAAGAAGAAAAAUAUUUAGAAACAUUAGAACAAGAUUGGGUUUUAUUAAACACUGCGAAAAACCGAAAAGACGGUUAUAUUGGAGCAGCAUACUGGAAUCCCGAUCACCAACAAGUUGUAAUUGCACACAAAGGUACAAAUCCAAAGAACGUGAAAGAUCUUUGGACUGAUUAUGAAGGUAUAUUAUCGAAUAAAUAUACUUCUCAAAUGAGCUCUGCAAUUACUUUUUCCUAUAAAAUUGCAGUUGAAGUGGAAGAGUUCAAUAGAAAACAAUCAGCGAACUUGACUCUGUCUAUUACUGGACAUUCAUUAGGAGGUUGGUUAGCACAGAUCACUACUUUUUCUACUGAAUACCUUACAAAAGGCGAGAGUGACUUUUUUGUAAAAAGCAGAAACGAAGGUUUUCACACGCAUACAGUAGUCUUUGACAGUCCUGGUUGCAAAGAGAUGUUGUUGAAAAUGGAAAGUGACUUUGAUGUACGCUACAGCGGUAAAGCCCAUUCAUCAUCGUUCUUGGAUGUCACAAUUUACCUAUCCGCACCAAAUUUGGUGAAUACUCUUCACUCACAUCUUAACGUUGGUAACUUGUACCGGGUAUUUAUAGAAAAUAUGCCCCACAGAUCAUCUAGUUGGGAUUUUUUUCAAUACACAAUGGAAUCUCACAAUAUGAACAACAUUAAAAAUUCUUUAUUAUGCAGUUCGGAAAAAAAGACAAUGAAGGUCAUAGACUGGCCAUUAGUAGAAGAAGGAUUAGGUGGAAUAAUAGUUGAAAAAAUAUUUAAUAUAUUUUCAACGAGCACCAACGAAUAUGAACAUUUUCAUAAAUUAGCCAAUUGUACUAACUGCUAUAAUCCACCUCCUGAGGAUAGCGAAUAUUGUACUCUUCGUUACCAAGUUCAAAGUGUUGAAAAAGGAGAAUGUAGUGCUAAUAUUUUCACACAGCCGGAGUUUGAAUUUCUAGAUGGUUGCCGCAGGUUAAAGCAAUUUUCGAUGCUUUCUAACGCUGAUGACUUAUUUUCUUCUCUUGAUACAAAAACAAAAGGAGUAUUGAAUGCAAAUAUAAUUGAAGAAAUAUUGCAAGGUUUAGAAAUGAAACAGGGGGAAGGAAGAGGUUUCAUCAAAUACGGGAUUGGAGAAAAACUUCAAAAAUUGAUUAUUUGUGUCAAAAGCGCUUUGUCUGUUUUUCCAACUAUACACCAUGAAAUAAAAUCUAAAUUAGAUAAUCAGGAUGCUUUUAAUGAUGUUUACAGAAAACAGUCUCUGGAUUAUCUUCUGUCAAUUGAAUAUAUUGAAUUUAAACAGUCUACAAUAGAUUUUGAUGGUUUCUUAAAAGACUCAAACUUGCAAUUUUUACAUCUUAUAUUUAAAGUCCAUCCUAUAGUAGCAAUUAAAAAAAUACAUAAAGUUCUGAAAAAGACAAAAAAUGAGUAUCAAACCUUUUUUCUCUGUCUGAAGCAGCUUCUAAAUUUAGAGCAGUUUUUUCCGUUGAAUAAAUUUGUAAAGCAAUCGGAUAAGGACGUUUCUAUGCUAUUCGUGGUUGAAUAUAACAGUGAAUCAGUGGUGAACAGAGAAGAACUAUCAAAAACUUAUUUUAAAGAAUUAUUUAGGGCUUUCGAAGAUAAACCGAAGUAUAAGUUUAUUUUAGUUUCUCAAAGGAUUUAUGAUUUAAAAUUUUGUUUUGGAAAUAAGAAUAAUUUUAAUUGUGAAAUAAGGGAUGAUAAAAAAAUUAAACUUGAUGACUUAACCUAUGAUUCUCAAAAGCAACUCUUAGAGAAGAAAAUUUACUUUCAAGGGAGAAAGAUAAGCUUGGGUAAAUUAAUAACAAGUGAGUCAUCACACCUGGUAGAUGAAGAAACAUUAUCUAAACUUAUCAACAAUGAAGCGAUAGAGGUAGGAAAAACGCUUCCAGAUUUGGGUGAUAUUGAGAGUUACUAUAUUGAUCGCAUUUUUAAACUGCCAAAAAUUAACAAAUACAUUAAAAAUGAUACCAAAUUUUACCUUACUUAUAAUGGUCGGAUUGAUCCAUCUCAACUUGCACAGAAUCAGGAUAUAUUGCUGAUUUCUUAUUCCAGAAGCGAUUUUGAUAAACUUUGUAUUGAGUAUGAGAACCGUAAUAUUCAUUGGUUAAAAGAGGAAGAUGAACGAUUUAUGUGGCAAAAUUCUCGGGGUGCUACAUCGAGAUUGCGCAGGUAUUUAGACACAGGUGACGGUUAUGAAUGUCGUGAAUUGGAUGAGCGAAUAGUAGUUAUAAGUUCAGUGUCUGGUGCGGGGAAAUCAACUGUAUUGACUAAAUUAGCUCAAAAUAUGAAAAACAAAGAUGCCACCCUUUGGGUUGUGAGAAUUAACUUGAAUGAUUAUACAGGAAAGCUAGCAAAUGUCAAUUCUCAUAACGAUAAGGACACAAUUUUUAAAUUUAUAAUGGACAUAGCAUUAAUAAACACUCCUUUAGAGCAAGAGUUAUUUAAACACGGAUUAAAUGCUGUAGGUAAAGUUGCCUUGUUAUUUGAUGGAUUUGAUGAAAUAGUUCCUAAAUACGAAGAGAAAGUUGUUGAACUAUUAAGAGUUUUGAAGUAUUCAAAAGUAGAGAAACUCUGGAUAACUACACGCCCACACAUGAAAAAUGAACUAGAAGAUAUAUUAAGUGUACUAUCGUAUACUCUAAGACCACUAUUUAGAAAUGAUCAGGUGUUGUUUAUUCAAAAUUAGUUCUGUAAAAUUCUGAAA